UACAGUCGAUAGGUCCGUGUCACCGGUAGAGAACGUUAGUAUAUUUUCGUCGGUUGUCCGGGAAACCCGCCAUGUAUGAAUUAUCCGAUUAAAACAGUUGUUUUGGCGGAAGGUUUCAUAGAAGCGAGAGGAGCGACAGGGUUCAGCGAACAGGUUGUUAAAGUCCCGGCUAGUUUAUUUAAACGGAGCUGAAUCGUGUAACCACCUUCAACGUUGGUGAGGAGAACGGUGGCGUUAGCUAACAUGACCCAACAAGCUGCUGCUCUGCAGACCUACAACAAUGAGUUGGUUAAGUGUAUUGAAGAUUUGUCCUCCAAGCGAGACGAAUUGAACCGUCAGAUCAAGCAGGAGGAAGAGGAGAAGGAGCGUUUGCAGCAUGACAUCCGUGUCCUCUCAGAGAAGCUGAACAGAGUCGAGGAGAGCCUGGUGCAAAGACUCGCAGCCCGUGCUACGUUUGACCGCACUAUCGCAGAGACAGAGGCUGCCUACACCAAGAUUCUGGAGAGCUCACAGUCUCUUCUGAGUGUCCUGAAGAGGGAGGCAGGAAACCUCAGCAAAGCCACAGAGCCCCGGAGGAAGGAGCAAUAAUGGCGAUGAAAGGUCUCUGAACUCUUUCUGUGACCACAGCUGCUCACUUUACUCUGCCAUUAACAAAGUUUAUACCCCUCACUGGACUAUUUCUAAUAUAUUUGGUUGAUUUGUUGUAAACUUUUUAAUGUAAUAAAUGUAUUUCUUCUCA